UCAGUCAGUCGUCGAUGUACCGCCUCCGAAGGUACGCGAGCCCAAAGAUACAAUAAGAUUGAGACAAAGGAAGACGAUAUUUUUCCCCUUCUUUUGCUUCUUCGAUAUCACAGAAGCGUCCGGAAACUGUCGGCCAGCAUGCGUCCUCGCGAUCUCGUUCUUUCGUUGAUCUCGAUCGGUUGCUUCUCCAUGUCGACGACGGCCUUCGAGCCGUAGGAAUUGGCUCUCAAUAUCUCGCCGAAGCUGAUCAGCAUCAUCUGGAAUACGUACCGGCAAGAUCUGCCGGACAAGUGGGGAAUGCGGCAUCCGAAGGUUGAAACACCGCGAGCGCCGUUGAGAAAGGCGCCGAAAGAGAACAAAUUCUCGCCGGGCGGCGAGUGGGAUGUGUACGAGUGGGAUAAGUACGUGGACAAAUAUUUCGGCGCUGCGAAGAUGAAAUCGGUGGAGAACGAAGGGAAGAAGAGCGGAGUGCUGGAUGACGUUGCAAGGCGUCGCACGAUUUUCGAAAACAAGAAUAUUAUCAUACCACCCACAUAUUGUCCGGAAGGAGAACAGGAAGACAGUAAAGGAAUCUGCAGGGAAUACAUACCGAGCUAAAGUACGAGCCAACGUUGAGGAGGCGUACAAGUGAAUGACCAAUUCACACCGUUUCUCAGCACCACUUCCAUAGGACUCUAAUGUACCGGAAAAUGUAACGAACCGUUCCAUUUUAAAAAUAAAACAAUGUCGCUGGA